UAGUGAAUGCAGGGUCUGGGGAGACCGGAUAUAGUGAAUGCAGGGUCCGGGGAGACCGGAUAUAGUGAAUGCAGGGUCCUGGAGAGCGGAUAUAGUGAAUGCAGGGUCCUGGGAGAGCGGAUAUAGUGAAUGCAGGGCCCGGGGAGAGCGGAUACAGUGAAUGCAGGUGCUUUUUUUCUGACACUGGAUGUCCUCAGUCUGAUGGCUAGAAGCAUCCAAACCACUUCCUCUGAGCUCAGGUCAUCAUGGACCCAUCCCCAGCCUGUGACUGGACAGUGAAUGA